AGAAGAAUUGGAGAGUAUGAGGGCUGAGCUCUCAGACUACAGUGAGGAUGUUCAAGAUCUCCAAGAACUCCUGAAGCUGUCCAAAGGAGAAGUGAAGGAAUUACGAGAGCGGACUGCUGCCAAAUUUCUCUUCAAGAAGGUAAAUUCAAUGAUUGAAAAGUUGGAUCGUGCUAUCAACAGCCUAGAGGUGGGGCGCCAUGAGAAGCAGGAGACCGCAAAUAAGACUGUUGCUGCAGGCAUUGGGGAAGAAUCUUGUUCAGAGCUGAUCAAGAUUGAUGAGAUGAUCGAUGCUAUACAAAAGGUUCAGCGCAUCCCUAAUCAAAAGAAGCUGGAAUUUGUUGCUGAAGUUCUCAGCCACCUUGACACUGAU